UGUAUCAAUGGAAUCUCAUCAUCCAUACAUAACGAAUUGAUGUGGUAUAUUCAAAUCAUAACAUAUGAACAGUAAAAACUAGUAUUUUAAUUGAGACUAGAACUCAUAGGGAAGAAAAUAGAUUUAUGAAUGGAAUAAAAUAUGCAGUAUUUACAGACAAAAGUAUUCGGUUAUUGGGGAAAAAUCAAUAUACUUUUAAUGUCGAAUCGGGAUCAACUAGGACAGAAAUAAAGCAUUGGGUCGAACUCUUCUUUGAUGUCAAAGUAAUAGCUAUGAAUAGUCAUCGACUCCCGGUAAAGGGUAGAAGAGUACGACCUAUUAUGGGACAUACAAUGCAUUACAGACGUAUGAUCAUUACGCUUCAACCGGGUUAUUCUAUUCCACCUCUUAGAAAGAAAAGAACUUAAAUCAAAAUACUUAAUAGCAUGGCGAUACAUUUAUACAAAACUUCUACCCCAAGCACACGCAAUGGAACCGUAGACAGUCAAGUAAAAUCCAAUCCACGAAAUCAUUUGAUCUAUGGACAGCAUCGUUGUGGUAAAGGUCGUAAUGCCAGAGGAAUAAUUACCGCAGGGCAUAGAGGGGGAGGUCAUAAGCGUCUAUACCGUCAAAUUGAUUUUCGACGGAAUGAAAAAAACAUAUAUGGUAGAAUCGUAACCAUAGAAUAUGACCCUAAUCGAAAUGCAUCCAUUUGUCUCAUACACUAUGGGGAUGGUGAGAAAAAAUAUAUUUUACACCCCAGAGGGGCUAUAAUUGGAGAUACCAUUGUUUCUGGUACAGAAGUUCCUAUCAAAAUGGGAAAUGCCCUACCUUUGACCGAUAUGCCCUUAGGCACGGCCAUACAUAACAUAGAAAUCACACUCGGAAAGGGUGGACAAUUAGCUAGAGCAGCUGGUGCUGUAGCGAAACUAAUUGCAAAAGAGGGGAAAUCGGCCACAUUAAAAUUACCUUCUGGGGAGGUCCGUUUGAUAUCCAAAAACUGCUCGGCAACAGUUGGACAAGUGGGAAAUGUUGGGGUAAACCAGAAAAAUUUAGGUAGAGCCGGAUCUAAAUGUUGGCUAGGUAAACGUCCUAUAGUAAGAGGAGUAGUUAUGAACCCUGUAGACCAUCCGCAUGGGGGUGGUGAAGGGAGGGCCCCCAUUGGUAGAAAAAAACCCGCAACUCCUUGGGGUUUUCCUGCACUUGGAAGAAGAAGUAGAAAAAGGAAGAAAUAUAGUGAUAAUUUGAUUCUUCGUCGUCGUACUAAAUAGUAGAGAAAAUAGAAAUUGUUUCUUCGUCUUUACAAGAAAAAGGAGUAAUUAACUGUGACGCGUUCACUAAAAAAAAAUCCUUUUGUAGCGAAUCAUUUAUUAAGAAAAAUAAAGAAGCUUAACACAAAAGCGGAAAAAGAUAUAAUAUUAACUUGGUCCAGAGCAUCUACCAUUAUACCUACAAUGAUUGGCCAUACCAUUGCUAUCCAUAAUGGAAAAGAACAUUUACCUAUUUAUAUAACAGAUCGUAUGGUAGGCCAUAAAUUAGGAGAAUUUUCACCUACUCUAAACUUCCGAGGACAUGCGAAAAAUGAUAAUAGAUCUCGUCGUUAACGUUAAUUUGAACAUCCAUUUUUAAAUAGUAAUGCAUAAAGAAAUAUUACAAAAUUGAAUUCUUAGUAAAAUGAAGUUCAACUCAUUUCUUUUAGAAUUCAUUAAAUGAAUUCAAUAAUUCAUAAUAAUAAUAAAAUUCUUUUUUAAUGAAGAAUUCAAUCAAUUCAAUAUUUUAUUGAUUUGUCAAAAUAGACUCUUAUGAUAAAGAAGAACCUCUAUACAGAAGCCUUGUCUUUUGGUCAAAUCAAAAAAAAAGGUUCAUGUCUAUUUUAUUUACAACACACAGUACAAAUAGUAAUUGAUGUGAUUUGUACAUAAAUAAAACAUUAUGAUACUUGAAUUUCUAUUUGAAUUUUCUAUUUGCUUUAGUUGAAUAUCUUCUUUUAUUCGAUUUUUUGAAUUGUUUAUUUUACAAUAGUCGAUGAUAGUCACAAUAGAAAUUUCAACGAACUUAGUCAAUGAGCUAUAAUGAGUUAUAAAGAUCUAUCUAUAGAUAAAAAAUACACAAAUAAGAAAUAUCAUUUUAUGUAAUUUUAUGUACAGUAGUGGGGAAUUAUGGGACAAAAAAUAAAUCCGCUUGGUUUCAGACUUGGUACAACUCAAAGUCAUGAUUCUAUUUGGUUUGCACAACCAACAAAAUAUUCUGAGAAUAUACAAGAAGAUAAAAAAAUACGAGAUUGGAUAAAAAAUUUUAUACAAAAAAAUAGAAGAAUAUCCUCGGGUGUCGAGGGAAUUGGAGAGAUAAAGAUUCAAAAAAGAAUCGAUCUGAUUCAAGUCAUAAUAUAUAUGGGAUUUCCAAAGUUAUUAAUAGAGGGUAAGCCUCAAAAAAUCGAAGAAUUACAGACGAAUAUGCACAAAAAACUGAAUUGUGUGAAUAGAAAACUAAACAUUGCUAUUGUAAAAGUUACAAAUGCUUAUAAACACCCUAAUAUUCUUGCAGAAUUUAUAGCUGGACAAUUAAAGAAUAGAGUUUCAUUUCGUAAAGCAAUGAAAAAAGCUAUUGAAUUAACUGAACAAGCAGGUACAAAAGGAGUUCAAGUACAGAUUGCAGGACGUAUUGAUGGAAAAGAAAUUGCACGUGUCGAAUGGAUCAGAGAAGGUAGGGUUCCUCUCCAAACCAUUCGAGCUAAAAUUGAAUAUUGUUGUUAUACAGUUCGAACUAUUUAUGGAGUUUUAGGGAUAAAAGUUUGGAUAUUUUCGAAAUAAAGAAAAAUAUGUCCUUCUUUCUAUUCAAUAAUUCAAUGUCCUAUUUUGAUUUUAUAUAAAACAAAAAAGAAAAAAUUACUCGAUUUUGAUUCUCAAAAAUUUAUCUAUUUUAUAAGAUUGAAUCGACUAAAAAAAGAAAUUAAUCAUUUUAUAGAGGAUUGCCAUGCUUAGUGUGUGACUCGUUAGUUUUUUAGAAUGAUUAAAAAAAAAAAAGAAACCGGU